UGGAACCCCAUCGCUGACGAUACUGACACAAUAAUUUGUGUUGCCGAUUUUUUUGUCAAAUUUUUACAGUGAAUAUGUCUCAAGAUAAAAAAGUUUCUUUUAAAAUGAUGAUACUUGCUGCAAUUGAGGGGUUGAAGGGUCGAAGUGGCUCCUCAAUUCCAGCCAUCGGAAAAUAUAUUGCUCAUACAUAUGGUGUGGAUACGGAAAAGUCGAAAGUGCACAUUAAACGGUACCUGAAGAAGGCAGUUGAAAGUGGCGAGUUAAUUCAAACGAAAGGAAAGGGAUUUACGGGAUCAUUUAAAAUAUCAAAAACAAAAAAGACUGAACUUGCAAAGGAGAAAACAAAAGCCAAAAAAGCUGAAAAGAAAUCGAAAUCCCCAAAAACCGCUUCAGGUAAGAAACAAGGCCCCAAAGCGAGCGCUGCAGUGAAACCAAAGAAGCCAAAGGGAUCUGAUGAUGUGAAUGACGAAAAAGGACUUAAAUUGAAAAUUCCUAUGAAGAAGAAAACUAUGGCAAAAUCUAAACAGAAAAAAACAAAACCCAGUGUGAAAGAAAAGGAUUCAAAGAUUGUUCUGAAACGUGCUAGUUUGAUAGGAAAUAUGAAGCCCCACAAGACAACGAAGAAGAGAAAUAAAACUGCAAAGAGUACUCCGGAGGCCGCUUGAAAGGCUGACUGUGUUGAUCUUUUUAUGACAUAAUUUUAAGGACGUGAUCUAUUUUUCGUUUUAUUCUUUUUAGUUUUAAUAAAA